AUGCGUGUAUCAUCGGUUGGGAAAGGUCUUCGUCAAAUUCCAUCACCACGGUCUCAUUUUUGUGAACAUAUAUCAAAUGAUGAUGAACAAUCUUACACUUGUCGUCAACGAAUUUAUGUAACAUGUCCACAUUGUCAACGAUCAUUAUGUUUACAUCAUAUCAAUGAACAUCAAAUCAUAAUUCGAUCAUUAUUAGAUUCUUUAGUUAAUCGUGUAAACGAAUAUCGAUAUGAACUAACAGUGACACUGUCAAUCCCAUCGACUAGUCAAACAGUUGUUAAUAAUUGUCUUGAUGAAUUGAAAAAUGUUAUUAUUCCAUAUGUACAACGAACAUGUUGCCAAAAUGAUGUUAAACAAGAGGAUGUAAAUCGUGUUCAAGUUUUUAUUGAUAAAAUGUUCACUAUUAUUCAACAUAUUCGUUUCUAUUGGGAAAAUCAUAAGAAAGAAAAACGAUCCAAAAGUACUGAUGACGCCGGUGAUCUUACUUCUGAAUUAUUAUCUUGUAAAUAUCCUCGAACGAAUACACUUGAUUAG